AUGGAGUUUUGUGGAUAUAGUGCUGCAGAAGAUGGGUUUUGGGCAGAGGUGGCGGGGUGGAUUAAGGAAUGUGUUUGUUCGGCGUCAAUGUCAGUGCUCAUUAAUGGGUCACCCUCUAAGCCCUUCAAGAUGGAAAGGGGUCUGCGACAAGGAGACCAUUUAUGUCCCUUUCUGUUUGUGCUCGUCGUUGAUGUGCUCCAUAAGAUGAUUGGGGAGGCGGUGAGGAAUGGGCGCAUAUUGCCGCUGUUGGUUGGACGGGAUAACAUUGAGUUAUCACAUUUACAGUUUGCGGAUGACACUAUCUUGUUCUGCCCGCCAGAGGAAGAGACCAUUCAGAAUUACAAGCGCCUACUGCGUUCUUUUGAGCUGAUGUCUGGGUUGUCUAUUAAUUAUGAGAAGUCCAAUUUCAUUCCGGUUAAUUGUGAACAGAGGUGGGCGCGUAAGAUGUGUCUGUUGCUGGGUUGUAAGGAGGCCUCUCUCCCUGUCCGGUACCUUGGCAUCUCUUUGGGAGCAAACCCGAGGCUAGUUAAGACGUGGAAACCAGUGAUUGAUAAGGUGGAAGAAAAGCUGAGUUUGUGGAAAGUAAAGACCCUCAAUAAAGCGGGUAAGCUGGUACUCAUUAAAUCGGUUCUCAAUAGCUUGCCUAUAUAUUAUCUUAGUUUGUACAAGAUACCAAAGGCAGUAGUAGAGGAGUUGAUUUUCUUACAAAGACGGUUCUUGUGGAGUAAGGAUGAUGGGAGGAUUGGGAUACCACUAGUGAAAUGGGAGGUAGUGAUGGCCCCUAAAAAGGAGGGUGGUUUGGGAGUGGGAGAUGCAGUGGUUCGAAAUACAGCUCUCCUAUUCAAAUGGUGGUGGCGGUUCUCCAAAGAGGAGUGCCCCUUAUGGAAGAGAGUAGUAUGCUCUUGUAAUAACAUGAAUCCUUUUAAGAUGAUGCAUAGUCAACAGGUUCCUUCAAGAGGGGGUCCGUGGAAGGACAUUUGCCACCUUCAAAUCAGGGAGCCACAAAUCAGAGAGAGGAUGAUUAGAGGCUUGUCAAUAGAAGUAGGAAACGGCAGAACAAUCCGAUUCUGGGAGGAUGACUGGUUAACUGGUGGUGCCUUGAAGGAUUUGUUUCCUAGAUUCUUCUUGGUUUCAAACCUUAAAGUUUCUGUUAUAGGUGACUGUGGGUUUUGGGAUGGGUUAGAGUGGAUAUAG